CUGAAUUAAAUCAGCUGACAAAUGGUAUCUCCCUACUCCCGUAUGGAACGCGCUGCCGCGCCGAAGCCGGCUGCUGCCCGAGCGUUGAAAGCGUAGAAGAUUGCCUGUGGUUCUUUACUGUUGUGGAUGUCGGACUGACUCCGGCGAGGGAGAAUUAUUCGCAGUCGAAAGGGAGGUUACUUUUCCGCGGCAGUGGCGGAGCGCGCUGACCAUGGCCUCCAACUUUAAUGAUAUAGUGAAGCAGGGAUACGUGCGGAUACGGAGUAAGAAACUAGGGAUCUUCAAGAGGUGCUGGCUGGUGUUUAAGAAGGCAUCCAGUAAAGGCCCAAGACGGUUAGAGAAAUACCAAGAUGAAAAGGCAGCAUACUUCAGAAGCUUUCACAAGAUCACGGAGCUUCACAAUAUCAAGAACAUUACACGGAUGCCCCGGGAGACCAAGAAACACGCAAUGGCAAUCAUCUUCUACGAUGAGACUUCCAAGACAUUUGCCUGUGAGUCAGAGCUGGAUGCAGAGGAGUGGUACAAGCUGCUGUGUGUGGAGUGCCUAGGAAGCCGACUGAAUGACAUCAGCCUGGGAGAACCAGACCUGUUAGCAGCGGGGGUGCAGCGGGAGCAGAGCGAGCGGUUCAACGUGUACCUGAUGCCCACUCCCAACAUGGACAUCUAUGGGGAGUGUACAAUGCAGAUCACCCAUGAGAACAUCUACCUGUGGGACAUCCACAACGCCCGCGUCAAACUGGUUAUGUGGCCCCUCAACUCACUGAGGAGAUACGGGCGAGACUCCACUUGGUUCACUUUCGAGUCGGGAAGGAUGUGUGACACGGGGGAGGGUCUGUUUACGUUCCAGACGCGGGAGGGAGAGAUAAUCUACCAGAGAGUCCACUCAGCCACCCUGUCCAUCGCACAGCAACAUGAGAGGAUGAUGGUAGAGAUGAAGAAGAGCUCACAGACCCACUCCAACCAGACAACGUUAACCAAGUCCAUUUCUCUGCCUCGCAGUGCCUACUGGCAUCACAUAAUGCGCCAGAACAGCGUGGGAGACAUCUACAGCUACCAAGGUACGAGCCUGACGAUGAUCCCCCGAGCACAGACCUUCCCCAGCUUCCUCUCUGAACAGACAGAAGAAGAGCAGUCCUCUCAGCACCAGGAAGAGGCACUUUCCCCCUCCAGUGGCUAUGGCUCAAACUGCAACCAGGGGAUGCUCCAAUGACAAGCACUUACAGGACAAACCUGGACAUUCCAACACUUUAGAAGGCUGUAGAAAUAUGUAUAGGAACAUGUAUAAUAUGGCAUUGUAUGUUAAUAAAUUAUGACGAGUGUUAAUUGUAGAGCGGUACAUAUAUAUAUAUAUAUUAUCCUAGACUUUUUUGUACCCGUUGUGAGACAACAUAGGCUAAAACAAUUGCACCAAAAAUAUUUCUCCUGUAGUUUUCAAAAGGGAGACAUACUGUACGUGUCAUAGUGUUUGCGAGUACUUUGGGUCCUUUAACUGUAAAGUCCCUUGUUGGUUAGCCUUUUUUUCAAACUGCAUAUCAUUCAUUCUGAAAUGUCUAAAGUUUAUGCAGAUUGCAAAGCAAUGCUGAAAGGGGUUAUGUUUGUAAGUUAAUGUCUUGUGACUGAAGGUUCUAAAAAUUGGAAUGUGUUUUUCAUCCUUUAAUUUUCCACACACUGAUGUUCUGACACCUGCUGGGGCCCCAUUCAUUAGGGAAAACUUGUAACGUUCUGAAAGAUUUGUGGGCUUUUUAGUUUACCUGCAACAAGCACCACGUUCCUCCAUUCCAAAUGGUUUGCCUGUUCACGAGUACAGGUCUGAGAUAGACGCUGCAGACAACAUAUUAAAAAAUCUAUACAAAUCAUCCCCACUUCCAAACGUAUGAACAAAACCAUACAAUGAAAAUGUUAACAAAUAUGCCUAGCACCUAUAGGCUAUAUCUAAGUCCAACUUGACUAGGACCUACAGUAUAGACUAUAGCCUAUUUAAGGCUGACCCUUGUGAACAAGCAGUUUAUUUGGCUUCUGUCUGGAGCACUCAGACUGUGACCUGGUCUGACUAUUGAUGUUUUCCAGACCUCUCGCCCUGUCCUCCAGACACAGUAUGAAGUGCCUUCUGACGCAUGCAGACUGCAGAGUGUGACACUACUGUACCAGACACACACAGGCUUAAUCUCUGGCCCUGGUCCGGGUCUGUCAUUAUUCUAGUAUAUCUAUGCCCUCGGCUCCUCUUAGGUGCAAGACAUUCUGAAAAUAGUCUUGUCCAAUUUAAACAAAAAAAAGACGUGUCGUCUGUCAUUAUCUGAGAAAAGAUAUGAUCCACAAAUGCACAGAUCGUAGAAACACAGAGUCAAUGUUCACAAGAAAAGACAAUCAGUUUGAGGUAUACGGCUGAGCAAAUCAGUCGAAACACUGUUAUCCUUUUGAGCUACUUCCUUUCUUUGUUGUGUGAAUGAUUUUGGUCAACGUUUGAAUAUUUGUUUUCGUAGGAGAUGGAUUUGUUUAUAUGGAAUCCCAGAAACAUCCAGGGCACAUUAUAAAAUAAUAAUCCAUAAAUAUCAUAUGUUUAGAUCUCACAGUUGCACACAAUUUGCUGUUUGUUUAAUUACUGUAUAUUAUAAGUGAAUCAAUUUAACCUGAACAUGGGUUGGAUUAACAAAGAAAGUGCCCUUCUACUAAAGGUUCUCAGUAUCUAUCUGAUACAAUGAUAACUGGGUGAAACUCACUACUGCACACCUGUGUUUAAUGUAAUUAAUCCAUCUCUGCUAUUUUACACAACUGUAAAGGGAGAAAGUAGUUCCAUUUUGUUUGUGAUGAGUGUUCAUACAGUUGUGGUAGGGAGAGAAAGUAGUUGUAAUUUGUUUGGAGUAUUUAUACAACUGUGGUAAUGAGAGAAAGUAGUACCAGGUAGUUCUGUGACAUUCAUUAUUUGUUGUUUUCCACUUUACAUGUCUUUCUCACACUGUUUAUGUCAGCCACAUCUUGUUUGAAUAUAGUAUAGAAAUAGACAGUAGACGUUUUCUGUCUUCAAUGGUACUACAUUACCAGUGGUGGGAAAAGUGCCCAUUAUCAUACUUGAGUAAAAGUAAAGAUAUCUUAAUAGAACACUUCUCAAAAGUGAAAGUCACCCAGAUAAAAUUCUACUUUAGUAAAAGUCCAAAAGUAUUUGGUUAACUAUACUUAAGUAUCAAGAGUAAAUGUAAUUGCUACCAUUUACAUAAGUAUACAAAAAAGCAAAAGUAUAAAUCAUUUCAUAUUCCUUAUAUUAAGCAAACCAGAUUGCAUCAUUUUCUUGUUUUUUAAAUGUAUGGAUAGCCAGGAGCACACUCCAACAUCAUUUACAAACGAAGCAUGUGUGUUUAGUGAGUCCGCCAGAUCAGAGGCAGUAGGGAUGUUCUCUUGAUACGUGUGUGAAAUUGACCAUUUUCCCAUCCUGCUAACCAUUCAAAAUAUAACAAGUACUUUUGAGUGUCAGGCAACUAGUAUGGAUUAAAGAGUACUGUAUUUUCUUAAGGACUGUAGUGAAGUAAAAGUAAAAGUUGUAAAAGUAAAGUUACCCCCCAAAAAACAGACUUAAGUAGUACUUUAAAGUAUUUUUACUUGAAGUACAUAACACCACUGUACGUUAUACAAUGGUAAUGUUCCUACAGUACCACCUCAAUGUUAGUUUGAUGUUUGUGUCUAAAUAGUCACACACUACAUUCUUUGUGUUUUGCUACUGUCAUAAUAUUUGUUGAUACCACUUUUUAAUACAGUGGGGAGAACAAGUAUUUGAUACACUGCCGAUUUUGCAGGUUUUCCUACUUACAAAGCAUGUAGAGGUCUGAAAUUUUAUCAUAGGUACGCUUCAACUGUGA